AUGACUGCUAGAAUGCUUGCGGCAGCCAAAGGAAGGUGCUCUGAUGGUUGCAGGGGUGCUUGCAGCCACUCUGAGAAGUGGGUUCUCAUGGUUGCUGAGAGGCUUGCAGCAACCCAGAGAAGUUGGCUUAUCCUUGGGUCAUGGCUUCUAAUUUAUAAAAAGCAAGGGUUUUCCCUUAUUUCCAUUGGGUAG